AUGGUUUCCAUCUACGACAUCUUGCCAAUUGAACUCUUGGAUUCAACUCUCGCCUUCCUCCCGUUGCCUGACCUCGAGGCAUUCGCCCUCACCUCGAAGUACUCCCGAGAGGUCGCUCAGAACCGCCUCCAAAUUCAGCGAGAUCUAUUCCGCCGAGCUUCAACCUUUAAAGUGGAUGGAUUCUGCGAGCUGGGGCCUGUUCCCUGGCUUGCGCCAGUAAUCCAGGUUCUCCGUGAGCCAUUCUUUGGAACCUACAUCCAAAAGCUCGACACAGAUGUCUUUGCAGCAGACAGGACACUUGAAGUAUGCCUGAAAGAGCGCCUCGGGAGUACUAGACGCGAUUUUGUGCCUGAUUCCGACUGGUCACUCCUUCUUCGGGCGGCCCAGAGAUGCUUCACCGACUGGUUCGAUCUUCCCGAGGCCCCAAGUUAUCGGGAGGCGUUCUUCAACAGUGUCGAAAAUUUGGAGUCUUCGGCACUACUCGCCGUGUUGGCCUGCCAUCUUCCCAAUCUUCGGGUCCUCACACUCACUACCGAGUGCUAUGGUGGCAUGGUGGACCUCCCCUGGUUUUUAGGGUUGGCUCAGCGCAUUCAUGUGAGACCAGAUGGGCCUCUCCUCGGCUGUCAACCCUUUGCUCGUCUAGAGCAUCUAAAGGGGGACUCAUACAACGGCUUCUAUGGCUUAGACUUCCAGUGCAUCGCUCCAUUCAUCGCACUCCCAAGUGUACGGUGGCUUGAAACGCCGCAGAACCACGAAGAGGGGUUUGACUGGCCACCCUACCUCCCCCGAUCCAAUAUUAGAGAGAUCGUGCUCGAUGGGAGUUCGAUCCCGGAGGAUGUCAUUAGGGAGUUCGCUGCAGACGCCCUCAAAGGGCCCUGUGUCAUCAGGCAAGCAUGGUCUGUGAGGAGAGAUGGCGAAACGCCGGAGCCAACAUGGAACCGACUGGAGAUUCCUUUUGAAGGGGCCAAGGCGGAGGACCAUAUAGUAGAGUUCAGACAGGACAGAGAUCCUUACAUGGUACCAUUCGGUGACAUAUGGUACUCGAAGAUCGGAUGGGAGGUCAAGGGUGGAGGAAGUCUGCUCGGGAACAGGCCAGUUCUGGACGUCGACGGGGGUUCUUGGCUUACUCCAGAAUACUAG